AUGUCCACGAUGAAGCUGUCUCCACACGACAGGAAGGAACUGGACAAGUUCAUCCGCUUUUUGGCGUUCAAAUCCGUCCAGGUCAUCGUGCAGUCGCGGUUGGGCGAAAAGCAGAAAACCAAGUCCAAGCCGUUUUCAACGGUCUCCGACUGGGUGAGCUGUCUGUUCAACCUGGACAUUCCCGACAUCCCCGAGAUCACGGAGGAGGUGCGGCGGGCACUGGGCAGCCAGAUCCCCGAGGCGGGGGGGCCGAGCCUGUGCACGGAGAUCUCGCUGCAGACGGUGGAGGGGGACUCCCUGGUGCUGGAGACGUGGCAGCUGUCUGGGAGCGAGGCGUGCGACGCGUCGGUGCGCGUCAUCUACACGGUGUACAACCGGAUGAGUCUGCUGCUCAAGUCGCUGGUGGCCGUCACCCGGGUCACCCCGGCGUACAAGCUGUCCCUGCGGCAGGGGCCCGACUCCUACGUCGUCUGCUACCGGGUGUACAUGGGGGAGCCCCAGGAGCAGCAGCUGGGGGAGGGGAGCCAGAAGGUGCAGGUGGGGCAAGUGGGCACGCCGACGGGCACCCUGUCCUUGCGCGUGCACUACCGCACCAAGCUGGCCAUCUCGCCCCAGCGGGCCAUGUCCCAGGGGAACCCCAUGAUGCUCAAGAGCGACUACUUCAAGCCCGACCUCAGUCCCAAGGGGCUGAGGGCGCUCGCCCGACGCGGAAGCGACAUGAUGGCAGACGGCACAAGACGCAGUGACAAAGACUCGUCUGCCUCUGGCGAGGUGGCAAAGCGACAGUGCACCACCGCUGGUCACAACGGCUGUUCCAAUGGGCACGGGGGUCUAGAAGAAGACUUUGUAGAGCUGCACCAGGGGGCGUUUGCACCGGAGCGCCGUGACAGCGGUGCUGGCGAAGGCCAGUGCGAGCUCCCCGAGCCGGCGUUCAUGUCGCUGCUGAGCCAGGAGCCCCCGGGUGGAGACCCGCCGGAGGCGGACGAGGAGGACUGCGACGGGGAGCUGGGGGAGACCCUGGUGGAGCCCAAGGAGGUCCUGCUGCCUGUGGACGACUUCGUCCUCGUGGAGCUGGUAGGUCUGCUCGCUCAGAAACCCCCCUUCGCGGAAGACGGGGACCCCGGCUCGGACCUGGGGGCCUUCUUCCAGGAGUGCCAGAGCGCCCCGAUGCUCCAAUCCUACUCCUACGAACCCACGUUAGAGGAGCAGGUCAACGAGAUCAACGCCACCCUCGCCGCACUCGAGGCCAGCCUACCCGAGCUGGACGAGUUCGUCGAGUCCAUCUGUCGAAGCGACUCGUUGAAGUGAGCCGUCCGGAGCCGGUCUGCACCGAACGCGCGCAAGAGCCGCCGGAACAUCCGCCGGACCGACGGCGCAGCCACAACUACGGCGUCCGGAACGUGCCUCCGACCGGUGCGCUUGCUGCGUCCCGACCGCGUCGCACAAGCGUCGCGCCGUCCGACGUUGCGAUCUUGACGGUAACACGCACAAGCGGGACGGGACGCCAGACAUGCCGGUCUAAGAGGCAUUCCGGGCAGCGCAGCACGAGGCGAGCGGCGUGGGAGAGACCGUCGGACCGACCGUGCGAGAGACUCUGGCUCGUUUGCUAGCGUGGACUCCGAGUGAUAGUACAAAGUGCCGAAGUGUUCCAGGGUCGAAGACUCGAACCGAGGUUUGACGGAAAGUGGCUGCGGCGUCCAAAAGCGGCAACGUCGCUUCGUUUUUGCGUUUCACCGUCGACGUUUGUUAUUGGAGUGGUGCAACUGUUAAGUAGUCUAUCGCGCGGUUUUGGGCGCUAGUUUUUCCUGAAAUGAGCGGCACGUGUGAGCAGACGGGGAGGAAGUACUGUGGUCGCUGAAAGGACGAGAAUGGCUGGGAGGUCCUUCUGUUGUCCCGCCUCCGGCAGGAGCUCCCCGCCUUCGAUGGUGCCUCGGCGUUUCGUGAGCCUUGAGCCGAAGCUGUCAAUCGAAGCAGUAACGUAGGCAACGAGUGGUGUAAUGGAGGCCGGGCAUCCAAAAUAGAUCAUCUGCCAUACUCCUCUCCUGAGUAGCUAUAAAAACAGAAUAAUAAAUGUAGUAGGCAAAUGACAUUUUGAAAGUUAGAGCAUGCGCGAUCGCGUGGACCCAGGACUCUAAAGGAAAGGCAGUUUAGUAUUCACCUGUGCCAGGGUGUUUUACCCAACGAGGUUGAGGGGCUAGAGCGAUAAACUGGUGUCCCAAUCACCAGGCAAAAGUGACCCUCACUUUGCUGCCGCCAUGUUGUACAAUUUUGACCAUGAGACACGUGACCGUACCAAAUCCUGAAGCUUUUACACAAAACUGAGCCAAGCUUUGUAUUGUGAUUGCUGUAAAAAUCAUGAUAAACUAUUUUUUCGAUACUGUUAGCCCCAGAUAUCGGUGUCUAGCUCCGAUAAACACCUAAGAUACAGCACCGUGGCUGACGGCAUCAAGCGGAGGCAUUGCAAACCUGCCCAAGUUUUCGUCGUAAAAGCACAUUUUGGACUUUAAACAAACAAAACAUAACUUAUCUCGUCGGCACAGUUAUUAAAAAUCAAUAAGCAAUUAUUUGUGCGCGGUACUUCGUUAAAAUCUAGAUGCAAAACUAUAAGGUCACGUGUCUAUAGUGGUAAAAAAUGUGCAACAUGGCGUCGGCCAAUUGGGGGUCACUUUCAGCUGCCAGUUUAUCGCUCUAAGGCCCUCUACCUCAUUGGUUUUACUAGACCUAUUUUUUCUAGAGCUAAAGAAGGUCAAGUUUUUGGUUUUGUGGAAUUUAUUCUGCUGAGGAUAGAACAAGAAUAAUUAUGCCUGGUUGGUGAAAUUGCUGAAAUUUCAAGAGAGCCUUUCUGAACUGGAAGUUUUGGACAAAAGUUAAUUUGGCAUUGGUACAGGAGCAUAGAUGGGCAAUUUUAUCGAUGAAGCUUGCCACUAGCAUAUACAGGAUGUCACAAAAAAAAAAAAAUUUACAGGGUCUUUUUCACCGCAAAAAUAAACUAGGCAUCGCCAAACGCUCAUUCUUUCCCCAAUGUAGCGCUAGGGGUCACAACCACCCGUUUGCGGUUUCUGGUGCCAUAGAGCCCCGUGUAUUCAAAAACUCCGUCGGCCGCCAUUUACCCAUUGAAAUUUUCAGAAAAUCACUUAUAACUUUUGAUUAAGGUAUCGGAUCGGGCUGAAAAUUUGGCAUCUGGUUGUGACCUAGAGCGCUACCUUUGGGCGGAGAAUGAGCGCUCGGCGACGCCUAGUUUAUUUUUGCGGUAAAAAAAAAAAACUAAAUGUUUUUUGUGACACUCUGUAGAUUGCUUUGUAGUCAAAGUCACUAUUCUUCACUCCAAACUUUCUUUGCUCAUAAAAUUUCAAUGCUCUAAAUGCAGUGCCUACUGGUAUCUGUACAAGUUAGUUUUCGCUACAUUUGUUCAAUGAUAUGUGCAUUCAUUUUAUGCAGGGCUGGCGCUCGGAUAUACGCGAAACUCUGUUGAAUCAUUUUGCAGUUGAUUAUUUAGUAUGAAGCGCCCAUUGUAAAAGUUUCUGCCAUUUUGGACGGCAUCGAGCCACUUCAGAAGUCAAACUGGAGGGAGAAAUAGGAGUACAGAGCAGUGCUACCACCAGAAGCCAAUGUGGACAGACGUCUGUUACUGUUAUUCCCACUGCUUGUCGUUUGUGCGGAGUUUCGGUGUCACAAGCAUGGUGACAAGUGGACAGCUCUGGUGUUUCAACGAGCAUCUCUGCUGUAAGGGCAAACAAUGCUGCUCCUGCUGCAGUUUGCGUUGAAAGCCGCUACUACUCUUUCAACUUGUUGCGUUACCCUGCAAAUUUACCCUCGUGUAAAUAAAUUGGCCAAAGCACAACUGGAUCCUUCGUUCCCUGAAA